CCGAAGCAGCAACUGCUUUAUUGCCUGAAUUAUCCAGCUGACUGUUUCGCGGUCCAACCAGGACAGCGGGUCUGAGCCGUGGGUGUUGUCUUCUCUGACCAAUCAGAGAAGCUGGAUCUGCCUCUUUUUCCUCUGACGUCAAGCAGAUAAAAGCAAGGAAAGGGAAAGAAGCUGAGGAAAAAGAGGAAGAGUGGGAAAGGUUGAUCUUGAGCGAGCAUUUGAGGACGACGCGUAUGCACAGGCAAUAAGCUGCUCCGCCAAUGCGCAACGAUGGAGCUAUCGCAACGAUGGAGAUGACGCAAACAGACCCAGCUCUCCAAAAAAGUGUUUCAAGACGAACAUGGCGGCAACUUAACCGCGAUCCAAGAUGACAACGGGCAACGGGAGAACGGAUUCCAGGCUUUCCGCCCAGGUACAGGACAGAGACAGCAGCCUGCGUGCAUCGACGGGGCUCGUCGCUCUCCGUUAAGUGAAUCUGCACACCGAGCGGCAGGCAGACGCGCAGCAUCAGAAGCCUACAGAGAGGCUCGCAACAGCUGGUCUCCCUGCACCCCCCGACGAGAGCGCAAACCCGGGGAGGGACGGUUGGGAGAGGUGGACAUGCGGUCAAAGAGGACGCCGUUUCCCCGCGGAGAGCCAUGGAGAAGCGGGAUGCGGUAGCGCGAAGCGUAAUCUGUGCGGGCGCGCUAAUUGGAUCGGAAUAGCACCAAUUGCUGCGGGCGCGUUUGAGGAGCGCCCUGGACCGGCGGAGGCACGGCACCCCACCGUUACAGAGGAGAACCAACCGGACUCCAUCUCCCCCUAAAUCAAUGAGUAUUGUGGCAAAGCAGCCCCCGCGGUGGAGUCGGCCAGGGCAGCACUUUUCUAAAAUAUGACCAGGGGUGCUUGGAUGCGUCGGCAGCAUGAUGAAGGCUCAAAAUACUGGUUUGCACCCCGAGAUAACGAGAAGCCGUUUACCGAGUCGGAGCGGGCCCAGAGAUGGCGACUGUCGCUGGCCUCUUUGCUCUUCAUCACCGUCCUGCUCUCUGAUCACUUGUGGUUCUGUGCCGAGGCGAAACUGACGCGAACCCGAGACAAGCGGUCGUACGAGGGGCUUGCAAUUACGGACACGGGCGAGUAUCCAAACUCUCAACACCAUCAUAUCCCAACAUCACCUGACCUCCACCUCCUCACCAGAGAGCAAGAUGUUAUUUUUCUAGGGAAUUCUACCAAAUCUCUGCGGCGAAUGGACGCCUGUCACCCUGACAGCCUGUCCAAAGACUGCUUUACUUUCACGGACGCGGAUACCGUGUGCCUGGGCCUCUCCGGUGGAGGGGGAAACGGGGCACAGUUGGCGUACGUGAAUCUGAGCGAUUUGUACCUUUCUUUUUGUAAUUCCUACUCACUUUUGGAUUUGUUUUACGGGUUUACCAGUCCGGUUGAUAUGAAUUGCACCCUGGAUAUGGCCAUGGGAGAGGAUCUGCUGGGAUGCAGCAAGUGUGUCCGGGCUUACCAGCGUCUUGACCUGAAGGCGGAGGAGAACUACCGGGAGUUUGAACUGCUGGUUCAGAAAUACGAGACGGAUGUGUACUCUGUCAGGACGUGCAUGGAGGAAUGCAAGGUAGGACUAACGAGGCCACGUCGCGCACGCGCACACACACACACACACGCCAGUGCAUUUUAA